GAUGUACAACGGGAUAUUCGGUAUGGCGGGAUAUGGGAUGGGAUUGGAUUUCGGAAAGGGGGGUGGGGGAGCAAUUAUCGAUUAUUAUCAUCUAUUCUUUUUGAAUUUCAUACGUUUCCUUGCUCUCUCCUUCUUUUUCUUCUUUGUUUUAGGGAUCAAUAAUAAUAAUCUUUUACUAUUUUCCCUUUUUCUACUUUUCUCUUUUCUUUUCUUUUUCUUUUUCUUUUUUCUUCUUCUCAUAAUAACUAGAUAA